AUGCGCCUCAGAUUUUCGUUCAAUCACGCGAGCUCUUGUGACCGAGGAGGUCUGUACGAACUCCCGCUAGAGCACGAGGACCCGAGGCUUGCUCCGAGAAGGGUCUGCUGCCGACAGCCUUGCUUAGUGUUUUUAUCGAUCAUUAGCCCGAAAAUUUGCAAAGGCGCAGCGCGAGGUAACCCAAAGCGAGUUCCUAUCCGAAUGAAAUUGUUUCUAUCGGGGCCAGCUAUGUGUUCUGAGAACAACAUGGAACCCGAGAAGCUAGAGCGCGCAGCACCGCCUGACUCGGUAUACAAGCCCAGGGUCUCUACCUGGGGCGUUUUCCCCCGACCUCUUGAUGUUUCACAAACAUUCGGUGGUGGCCGAUCGAUCCCUAUUGGUGGAGUAUCUGUCCCAGAUGAUGCCGCCCAAAAACGAGAACAGAGACUCCGGGUGCUUUUAGAACGGUAUCGCAUGAAACGAAACGAAAAUGCGGAAACUGAAGAAGAGAGGAGCGCGUUAUCCGCUGCUCUGGAGUCAGCUGAGCGAAUGCUUCAGGCCGGGAAGUACGAAUCCGCGCUGGAGCAACUAACUGCAGUGAGGCCACUUGCAAGAGUCCGCGGCGAGCUGGGGUCUCGUGUUUUGCUGCAAGUUGCUCUCUGUCAGGACGCGCUCGGCUCGUGUGAAGACGCACGGAAGCUUUAUGGAGAGCUACAGCACAGCUCAGAGCCAAACGUGCGCGAUGCGGCCAAGCAGUUGUUUUACAGCUUCCAGGCAGCAAAAUGGUUGGGCGUCAAUGGAAGUGUCACGGAUGCUGACGAGUCCGCAGAGCACCGCAAUACUUCACUGCAUAUUCCACCGUUCGCAGAUCAGGCCUCGAGAUACAAUCUGACCUUUUCGAGAGUUCCCGAAACGCGUCCGCGAAAGGUGAAUCGACCGGGGUUUUGGAAGCGCGUUCGCGCAACCUUGGUUCACUGGCUGUCAGGGAAUGGUCUCUCGACAUAA